AUGACGAUGUGGGGGAAGCGGGAGCUUAACUGCCACUUUUUUUUGGCGUCGCUGUCCGCUCUUAUCUCCCCUACGCUGCGACACUGCGACACUCUACGGACCAGACCAACAAUUCCCACCAUGGUCCUCCUGGUAACGACAGAUUGCAUCCUUGCCGCGUUCGAAGCUGUUCCGGCUUCGCGUCGCGAGGAGCUAGAUCUACCUUCAACGCUGGAAGUAAAUGGGCCGAUAGCCCAUGAUCAACUGAUCCGACUCGCGAAACACCUACAAGCAGACACAGAAUACAAAGAACAAAACACCCACAAACCCACAAUAUUGAGCUCUCUUCUGCGCGGAACAACAGUUUACGUGCCUCCGCCCCCAAAGAAGCCAGAACCGAGCGCCGAAUACCUCGCCUCAAAAGCCCGUCUCCUCGCUGCCUCAGAGCAGAUCUCUUACAACCGCCUCCUAGAUCCAUCCUACAGGCCGGGCCCCGAGCACGCGGAUCCAUACUCAUCACCCUACACGAGCGCCAGCUCAGAAGAGGAUACCUUGACGAUAUCGCUCGUGUCCAGUAUCUUCAUAUCCGUGCUGGUCACCGGGUUUGCGGUGUACGGGGCACUGACCAAGUUCUCUGCGCCGGAUGUAGUGGCACAAUGGUUUGCGUCGAGUGGGGAUGUGUCUGAUUUGCAGAGACAGGGCGCUGGGGAGGCGGUGAGGGUGUUGUUUGCGAUCUUCUCGGCCAUCAGUGUUGCUGUUGCGGAGUCGUUUUUGUACUUUACGUAUCUGGGGAAGGUGGAGUCGGCUAAGGCCAAGGAGAGGAAGAAGAAGGAGAAGAAGGUCUUCAUUGGGAGGGUUGGGGAGGAUGGGAAUACGGUGGAUGAUGAGGUUAGCGUUGGUGAGAAGGAUGAGAUUUGGGGGAAGGGUGUCAAUGGUGGUGUGAGGAGGAGGGUUAGAGAGAAGUGGGAGAAGGGGAGGGAUGGGACUGGUGAAGACUUAUAA